GGGGUGUUGCCCUGCAGUUCACUGUCGAGCGGCAUUCCUAGGUGUAUCUUGCCCGCAAAAGCCCUCCAUGGCAGUGAGAUCUCAUCUUCAACUACCAGAAAAUAAGCUUUUCGGGGAUCUAGAAUUCAGCGAGAAGCUCCUCACCUACUGAUAAGAACGAAUAACAUGCUGCUUAUUCCUGCGCACGUUCAAUGGCCCCCCACCUCCGGUGUCACCAGAAGCGGGCCUCGCCGCGAAUUCGACAAGAGGGCCGCCGCUCCAGAUGCUGAAGCCGGCAGGAGUAUCCAAGCCGCCGUCGUCCUGCCAGAAUCUUUACCACCGGCUUGUGGGAUCGCGCGGCGCCGGAAUACAACCUUCCGUUUCGGCCAGUUACUGUCACCACCCUGGCUCCCAUCUUCCAAGCUUGUUCUUUUACCCGGUUCGAAAAAUGGCAGUUGAGCUCGGGAUGUGGGAGGUUCUAUGCAAGCCGAUGCCCCGCGUCGCUCCACUGGAUUGCGCGUCCACUUUACUGUGUAGAACCCCUGAAUCCACCACAUACCAAGACAUUUUGAUUGAGGAUGCUCUAUACACCUUUGAGGGCCCGGCAAUGCUUGGUUACCCUUCGCAUCUGAUAGGUCGAAGAUGGCUUCACCAUACCAGAAACUGCUGCGUCAUUGCAGUCGGUUGCUCGGUUAGCGGCUAUAUGCCCCUUUCGCUUCAACUUCAUGCGACUUGGCUUCCAGUUCGGGCAGGGAAGUGUCGCGUAGAUUAUGUAGCAAGAUAGACGAUAUGCGUGGCGGGAAGGCUAACGGCAAGGAGGACGGAUAUGAGUUGAACAUGUAUAAGUAUAUCAGCCAAGAGAAGCCUUCUUGCUCUUGUUCCGCUCAUCUCAGACUCAGAGAUCAACUUCCUUUGGGUUUGUCCACUCACCUAUCUAAACCAUGCAUUUCACCAAAGCCGCCGCCACUGGCCUUGCUGUCCUGGUAGGACUAGCCAGCGCCCAUCCAGGCCACGAUAUCGCCCAGGAGGCUGCCGAACGACGGGAGUUCCUCGCCAACGCUAAGCGUACUGAUCUGAGCCACUGUGCUGAGAAGCUCCGCGCCCGCGGAAUCGAGGCCAAGAACAUCGCCAGACGUAAGGCUCAGGUCGAAGAGGCUCGUCGCAAGAGAAACAUUAAGAAGCGUGAUAUCGGCGAUGUCUUGGCCAAGAGCCACAACAAGACUUCCCUUGGCUACACCCCCAACACCGAUAGCGCAACCCUCUUUGCGGGCAUCAACUCCUGCAUUCUGAGCCCCGAGGUCACCCAGGGCCCAUACUAUGUUGCCGGCGAAUACGUGCGUGAAAACCUCAUUGAGGACCAGGAAGGCGUUGAGCUCCUUGUCGACUACCAAGUCAUCGACGUCGACACAUGCGACCCUGUUCCCAAUGUUUACCUCGAGGCGUGGGCUUGCAACGCCACUGGUGUGUAUGGCGGUGUCAUCGCCGGCGGCAACGGCGACACCGCUGAUGCCUCCAACAUCCAUAACACCUGGCUUCGUGGCAUCCAGCCCACCGAUGAGGAUGGAGUUGCCCGUUUCCAGACCAUCUUCCCCGGCCACUACACCGGACGUACUGCCCAUAUCCACAUCAUGGUUCACACCAACGCUACCCUCCAGCCCAACCAGACCCUAGGUCAUGACAACUAUGCUAGCCACAUUGGUCAGGCUUACUUCGACCAGGAUCUCAUCACCGCUGUUGAGCAGACGGCCCCGUACAACACCAACCGUCAGCCCUUGACCACCAAUGCUCAGGACUUCCUUCUCGCCCAGGGCUCGGCUGGCGCAGUUGACCCGGUGAUGGAGUACACUCUUCUCGGCGACUCGGUCGAGGAUGGUCUCUUCGCUUGGCUGUCGUUCGGUAUCGACACCUCUGUCAGCAACAAGAUUAAUCCUGCUGUCUACCUUGGAGAGGAAGGUGGCGUUGCCAACCCCAACCCUGGUUUCGGUGGUCCUGGCGGUCCCGGUGGUCCUCCAGGUGGCUGGACUCCUCCUCCUGGAUGGACUCCCCCUCCCGGAUUCCCCCUUGAGGAGAACGAGGAAGUUGAGGCUUAGUGAGCCAUUGGCACUGGGACGAGUUAGGGAUGUACUCAACUGGGAUUAUCGCGGUUAGCAAGAAGCCUUCAUGGGUGGAUAGUUUGGAUCGUGUACAUAGCUUGCAGGUUGGAGGGGAAAUCGAACGGAAAUGUAGCAAAAGAGAAGAAUGCGAUUUGAAAAUCAUGUAUUCGGGAAAA